CAUGAUGACAUAGCCCCAGUGUCGUGCGACGAGACUACGUAAAAACGCACAUAUUUUAAUUUUUUUCGUUACGCGAGGAAGCCGUAACUGUCCCCGUUGUUGCAGAACUAGCGACGACCGACUUCAUUCCGUCGAGGAACCUCGAGGAGAUCGGGAGGCGGCUUGCUCUUUAUUAGUCCAUCUUUUCAUAGAGACUAGCGAAAAUGGGCGAGCAUGGCCGUACCGACUCGUACCGCGUCGCCACCAUCGGACCCAUUAAGGAUGAUAAUAGAACUGCCGAUGGACAGUACAAGACGCGUCGGAAACCUCCUGCGAAGAAACGGAAAGCAGGGGAUUUAGAUGAUCUCAAACAAGAAUUGGAUAUCGACUACCACAAAAUAUCUCAGGAAGAAGUAUACCAAAGAUUUCAGACACACCCGGAAAAUGGCCUUAGUCACGCAAAAGCAAAAGAAAAUCUCGAAAGGGACGGUCCAAACGCACUCACACCUCCAAAACAGACGCCCGAAUGGGUAAAGUUUUGUAAAAAUCUAUUCGGCGGUUUCGCGUUAUUGCUGUGGAUUGGUGCUAUUUUAUGCUUUAUUGCCUAUGGAAUUCAGGCGAGUACCGUCGAGGAACCAGCGGACGAUAACUUAUAUCUCGGAAUUGUAUUAGCGGCUGUGGUAAUUGUGACUGGUAUUUUCUCGUACUACCAAGAAAGCAAGUCCUCGAAAAUUAUGGAAUCUUUCAAGAACAUGGUCCCCCAAUUUGCAACUGUCAUCCGAGAGGGCGAGAAACUGACGUUACGUGCUGAGGACCUCGUGCUUGGUGACAUUGUUGAGGUUAAAUUCGGUGACCGUAUCCCCGCUGACAUUCGCAUUAUUGAGGCUCGAGGAUUCAAAGUGGACAACUCAAGUUUGACGGGAGAAUCUGAGCCCCAGUCGCGUGGACCCGAAUUUACCAAUGAGAAUCCCUUGGAAACUAAGAAUUUGGCUUUCUUCUCUACCAACGCUGUCGAAGGAACUGCUAAGGGUGUUGUGAUCUGCUGUGGUGAUAAUACGGUAAUGGGACGUAUUGCUGGUUUAGCUUCCGGGUUGGAUACCGGCGAGACCCCUAUCGCUAAGGAAAUUCAUCAUUUCAUCCACUUGAUCACCGGUGUCGCUGUGUUCCUCGGUGUUACGUUCUUCAUUAUUGCGUUCAUCCUCGGCUACCAUUGGCUCGAUGCCGUGAUCUUCCUUAUUGGUAUCAUCGUCGCUAACGUGCCCGAGGGUCUGCUCGCUACGGUGACCGUGUGCUUAACUCUCACUGCCAAACGAAUGGCCUCCAAGAACUGCCUCGUAAAGAACUUGGAAGCCGUCGAAACUCUCGGAUCUACGUCGACGAUUUGCUCAGACAAGACCGGAACCCUGACGCAGAACAGGAUGACUGUGGCGCACAUGUGGUUCGACAACCAGAUCAUCGAGGCCGACACCACUGAAGAUCAGUCUGGAGUACAAUAUGAUCGCACAAGCCCUGGAUUCAAAGCGCUCGCCAAGAUUGCGACUCUUUGCAACCGUGCCGAGUUCAAAGGUGGCCAGGACGGUAUUCCUAUUCUGAAGAAGGAAGUCGCCGGUGACGCCUCGGAAGCUGCCCUCCUCAAGUGCAUGGAACUGGCCCUCGGUGACGUCUUGUCGAUCAGGAAGCGUAACAAGAAAGUGUGCGAGAUUCCCUUCAACUCGACCAACAAGUACCAGGUCUCUGUCCACGAGAGCGACGACCCUAGCGAUCCCCGCCACCUGCUCGUGAUGAAGGGCGCCCCCGAAAGGAUCUUGGAACGUUCCAGCACAAUCUUUAUUGGUGGCAAGGAGAAGGUUUUGGACGAGGAAAUGAAGGAGGCUUUCAACAACGCGUACCUGGAGUUGGGCGGUCUCGGCGAGCGAGUGCUCGGGUUCUGCGACCUGCAACUGCCGGCCGACAAGUACCCCGUGGGCUACAAGUUCAACACCGACGACCCCAACUUCCCCCUGGACAACCUGCGCUUCGUCGGCCUCAUGAGCAUGAUCGACCCCCCGCGUGCUGCCGUACCUGACGCCGUCGCCAAGUGCCGAUCUGCCGGUAUCAAGGUUAUCAUGGUGACUGGUGACCACCCCAUCACUGCCAAAGCUAUUGCCAAGUCUGUAGGUAUUAUUUCCGAGGGCAACGAGACCGUAGAAGACAUCGCCGCGCGCCUGAACAUUCCCGUGUCCGAGGUCAACCCGCGUGAAGCCAAGGCCGCCGUCGUCCACGGCACCGAACUCAGGGAACUCAACUCGGACCAACUGGAUGAAAUUCUCAAGUACCACACUGAAAUCGUGUUCGCCCGCACGUCCCCGCAACAGAAGCUGAUCAUCGUGGAGGGUUGCCAACGGCUCGGAGCCAUCGUGGCCGUGACCGGCGACGGCGUCAACGACUCGCCCGCUCUCAAGAAGGCCGACAUCGGUGUCGCUAUGGGUAUCGCCGGGUCUGAUGUGUCCAAACAGGCUGCCGACAUGAUUCUGCUGGACGACAACUUCGCGUCGAUCGUGACCGGCGUGGAGGAGGGUCGGCUGAUCUUCGACAACCUCAAGAAGUCCAUCGCGUAUACCCUCACCUCAAAUAUCCCCGAGAUCUCCCCCUUCCUCGCCUUCAUCCUGUGCGAUAUCCCCCUGCCCCUCGGUACCGUCACCAUCCUCUGCAUCGAUCUGGGAACUGACAUGGUGCCAGCGAUAGCGCUCGCGUACGAGGAGGCGGAGGCCGAUAUAAUGAAACGUCCGCCUCGGAAUCCGUUUUGCGACAAACUUGUCAAUGAGAGGUUGAUCUCGAUGGCUUACGGCCAGAUCGGUAUGAUCCAAGCCGCGGCCGGCUUCUUCGUGUACUUCGUGAUCAUGGCUGAGAACGGCUUCCUGCCGCUCAAGCUGUUCGGCAUCAGGAAGCAGUGGGACUCCAAGGCUAUUAACGAUCUGACCGACUCCUACGGACAGGAAUGGACGUACCGCGACCGCAAGGCUCUGGAGUACACAUGCCACACCGCCUUCUUCGUGUCGAUCGUGGUGGUGCAGUGGGCCGACCUGAUCAUCUGCAAGACCCGCCGCAACUCCAUCGUGCACCAGGGCAUGCGCAACUGGGCCCUCAACUUCGGCCUCAUCUUCGAGACCGCCCUCGCCGCCUUCCUCUCGUACACCCCCGGAAUGGACAAGGGUCUCAGAAUGUACCCGCUGAAGUUCGUGUGGUGGCUGCCGGCCAUUCCGUUCAUGCUGUCGAUCUUCAUCUACGACGAAAUCCGACGCUUCUACCUCCGCCGCAACCCCGGCGGCUGGCUCGAACAAGAGACUUACUACUAAACUGCACCGACCACUGUCCACACCGUCGCGUCGUGCAACAGCUAGUUACUGCGUACAUAAAGUUGAUUUGUGUUCUUAUAUCAGACUGACAGAGGUCGCGGUGCCGUUCCGGUAUAUGUGUAAUCGCUGUCGUGUACGCUUCUCACCGCUUGUUACCGCAUCGCCCCGGGCCCGCCCCGCCCCCACGCGUCGUCGUUUCAUUACGAACUAUGUAUGUAUAUAUGCACGGUGAAGAGUGAAUAUGUGAUUAUAGAACGCGUCGUACACGUCUAUUAUUUUACCGAUUUGUAUAUCAUGUUAUUUUUGUAUCGAAAUCCUUUCGAAGCGUCCCGAUCCGGCGGUGUCUUCGGACGUCGGCCGAUCUGCGGGCGGGCGCCGGCGCUCUCGGCCGCCGACUCGGCCUCCUCACUCGUUGCGGUAGUUCGCCUCGAUCGUAUAAGAUAGAAUUAAUUAUAAUACUGAUAAAUUGUUUUUUCACAUACUUAUAAAAUAAGUAAUAAACGAUAUCGUCUAGCUGUAGAUGGUCGUUCGGGGAAUCGAGUGGGCGAGCGAGACGCCCGCCGCGCCCCGUGCUCGGCGGCCGACGGAAGCAUUUGUUGUAAAAUUACAGUUAAGAAGCCAUUAUUACUACGUUUUAAGUGAAUUAGAUUAAGUUGAAUUUUUCGAGUGGAUAAUGUUUAGUUGACGAUUCGAUUGCGUGCGUGGUGUGUGAGAGGUCGAUGUGGAGUGCCUGAGUUUAGUGUACUACUGCUUACUGUUAGGUAGGUAGUUGAAAUUUUUAUGCCGUAUUUUCGAUCGUAAAGUAGUUAAAGGAAGCAUACACAGUCGCGAACGCUCCGAGCGCGAGCGAGCCGCGAGCCGCGCGCCGCGCGCAGCUCCAGUUCACAGAUCACAGCACUGCCGUCGACUAUUGUUCGUUUGUACCUCGUCUGUGGCGAGCGCCCUCCGCGCCCCACUAGAUGCUUUUCUUUUUCUAAAAACUAUCCGAUUACUAGGAAAUUUCGUCAGAUUUAUAAAAUAGGCUGCUCAUGGUAAUAAAGUAAGAUUUUAUUUCGUAUUUAAAGAGUAAUAAACGAAGCGUAGGAAUGCGUAAUUAGAGAUUUUUAAAAUUAUACAGUUAUGAUAGAGUCAUCUUGUUUUAAUCGACGCUCGGUCCUUCCGCGGGGAGUCCGGGAGCUGCGGGGGCGGCGCGGCGGCCGUCGGACUGCGGGCGCGGGCGGGCGCUGCGGCGCGCUGCCGCUCGCUGCGGUGCGCUGCGGCCCGACGCGGGCGACGGUGGUGCGGAGGGACCGGGCGAAGCGAUUCAUUUAAAUUUUCGUAACGAAUACAUAUAACAUAUAAUAAUGGUUACAAAAGUAAUAUAUAACAUUAUAGCGACUAUAAAUUUAAAUUAUAUGAAAUGUUUAUAGAUUUAAAUAAAGUUUGUUUCUUUAGAGUGACUUUCUGUGCUUGUUCAUUGUGAACGAUGUACAUUUCACUGACAAUAGUCGUUGAUCAUGAAUGAUAUUAUUGAAUGAUCGGAUCUUUGUAAGCUAUUUGUUUAACUUACACUGUAGAACUAACAUUGUUUUGCGUUGGACAGUUCUUUACACCGUUUCAUUUUAUAGUAUUACUCUGUUGGCUAGGAGCGCUGUAAAAAUGUAAGUGUUAAUAAAAAAACAUUUUCAAAAUAUUA